CACAGAUUCCACUUUCUGCAAUAAAGAUAUAAAUUGCACAAACAUCAUGAAACAUCUAGUGCUGUGCGCAUGUGUUUUGUUAUUCACUUUUUAGUUGUCUAACUCAUCAGAACUAAAACAAAAGAUUCAAGAAGAAGUAAAGAUCAAGCAACGGAUUGAUUUUGAAGCUUGCUUGAGUGAAAAUGGUAUAAAUGAAAGUGACUUGUACGGUCCGACAGAAAUAGUGUCUAAUGUACAUACCGAAACAGCAAAUGAAGAAAAAACGAGAAAGAAUGGCUGCUUUAUGGCGUGUUUUUUAAAAAAACAAAAUUUAAUGGAAGGAACCAACAUUAAAGAAGAUGAAGUUAUUGCACGAUUAAAUGAAGUAGUAGUUACUGAUGAUGUUGAAAAAAAAUUGCGCACAAUUGUGCGUAAAUGCAUAAAAGAAAAGAAGGACAUUACGCAAGAAUGUGAUAAAUGUUUCUCUAUAUACGUAUGUAUUAUAAAAGCUGUAAGUGAAGAAAGAAAAUGUAUGCAGGAAGAAAACGUAAGAACUGAAGAAGAAGAAACAGGAGAACCAAAUAAAAAGAAGUAGAAGAAGAUAUAAAAGCUGACGGAAUAAACACAGUUAAAUAUACGGAUUGAAUAUUAUUUGUAUAAAUAUUAAUAAAUUUAUAUACUACACUUUCAAUAUAACUUACAUUAAAUAGAAAUACAUGUACAUGUAUUUUUCU